AUGGUCAGAGUUUCAUCGAAUCCCCUUGUUCUCCACGGUCAGCAUUUUGGUCGAACGGUGUUUGCAUUGUGUAAUUACCCUGCCCUCCUGACUUCAGGUAUACUCCGACUCAAUGAAUUACAGGACUCUCUCAUAGAGGACUAUCCCGCGGAUAUCCGACGGGAACACAGGGUAUUCCUGGAGUUGUUGGAUUCCUAUCCUGGCCUCUUGGAUCGUCUGACGGACGGAGAGGAAGAGGAUGUUAUCCACGUAGGAGAAUUGCUAGGUAAAGGGGCGUCCGGCGCGCGGGGCGAUGAUACUAAAACACUUAAAUCUGCUGUCCUCGAAUGGCUUGUCCCCAGAGGACAAGUAGUCAUACCCCCUCUUUCCCGAAACAUCAAGUCUGACCGAGGAUUCAACCACAAAGUCACGGGCGCGUUGCUUUGCCCUGCAGGACUUGACUGGUCGACUAUAGAAACCAAGGAGGGUCUGAAGAGCAGUGAAACCGCAGUUCGUGGUGACCAGUGGCCUAUAUUCUUAUAUGCAGGUCAUGUUUACGAUCCCGAAGAUCCAUGGAAGGGAUUAUUAAGGAGCGAUAUACUUAUUUUCGGGUUCAAACAUGUAUUUACAUCGCCGAGCUCAGUAGAUAAGGAGCCAAAGGCAACGCGCUCCGGCAAUGCGUACCUUCAUGGCAUAAAGUCUGUUACCAAAGGAUCCUUGGCCUAUAUUGCCACGCAGGUUCGAUUUGCGUUGAGUUCGUUGUCCGUAUUCUCCCGUACCGACACGGUCACGGACUCGGAGAAUUUCUACCAUAGCAUUCUAGAUCUGUUAGAAGAUACUGAUGAAAGUGAGGAGGUAGGCGACCUGAUGCUGUGGUGGACUCGGUUCGUUAUGCAUUCCAUACACCUCAAGCUCCAAACUAAUACCUUGUACAGUCGCGUUUUUCCUAACUCUUCAUCGUUGCAGCGUUGUAUUAGCAAAAACAGCGCGCUCUCAAAGAUUCGUGAAAAACGCGCUGCCCUUCAGGAGCGAGCUAAUACUGUUACAAAUUAA